CAGAGUCAACUUAUUUAGGUGAGGGGUCCGGUUCACUUGGUACCAGUUGCAGGAGUGAAGAUGGAGCUGAAGCAUGCUUGUCUUUUGUUGUUGCUGUUUUGCUCUGCCUAUGGUAACCAGUUUAGAGGUGGACCUGGCCAUGCCCUGUUUUUGGAGGAUCCUGAAUUGGAGUGGGAAAGAAUGGAGACAGUAAUUGGGGAAGAACAAGCACAAGCCCCUGUGACUGAUGCCAAAUUCUUGAGGAGCUCAACUAGUUAUGGAACUUCAACAAGUGGUGCAAAGAAGGUUCCUGAGUAUGUGAUCGUCUCAGCCUCCAAAAUCCAGAAAGAGGCCUUCAAGCCAGAAAAGGGUGCCAGACCCCUCCCUAACUCUGUCAAGGAACUUUUACUAGCAGGUACAGCUACUGCCAAGGCAUCUGGAAAAGCAGCCAGACCAAAUCUAGUUGAAAUCUUGUGCCAUGUUGACAGAAUGUAUGUAAGAGUCCUAAGAGAGAUUUUCAAGACCAAGGAUGCAUGGAAAGAUUUGAAACUAGGCAGCUGUCCUGUUAACCAAGGAACCAAACAGCAUUAUUACUUUCUGUACCUGCUGACGAGCAAGUGUGCAUUCAGAAAAGAGAAUAAUGUGGAUGACUUGUCAAUUCGCAAUUCUCUCAGCUACAAUCCAAGCACUACAGUUGUCAGGGAAAUGCCGUUUAGCAUUCCACUGCAGUGUAAAUUUCCCAGGUUUUUUCACUCCUACAAAGUUGGAUUCUACCCUAAACUACAGGGAGGUACAGUGUUUAAAGCACUUCAACCGAAGAGCACUUACACCCUUACUCCUCAAGAUGCAUCAGGGAAUGAAAUCACUGGUGCUAAAACUUACACCCUGGGCCAGCCAAUGUUCUUCGAGGCCAAGCGACCUGGUGGCACAGCUAAAUCUGCAGAUCAAAGAAUAUAUGUCAAGAAGUGCUUCAUGACGGCCGCCAAAGACCCCAACUCAAACCCUAAAUACACGGUCAUUGACAACCAUGGCUGUAUGAUUGAUGGCAAGCUGACUGACCAGUCCAAGUUUCUCACCGGUGACUCAAAGAUGGUCCAGAAAUUCAGUAUAGGAGCUUUGAUUUUCAAGGACUCGAUUUCCUCCUCCUCAUCAUCACAGCAACUCUACAUGCACUGUGAGAUCUCUGUGGGGAAACUUACACCAACUGCAAGUUCAAAGGCCUGCAAUUAUGAUGCAACUACUAAAAAGUGGAAGGAGCUCUAUGGUGGUGAUUCUGUUUGCACCUGCUGUGACUCCAGCUGCUCCUCGGCAUACCUUAAAGCUUCAAGGAAUUUGAUUUCCAGUCACUCGUGGAAGGUCGACUUGCGCAAUAAGGAUGAAGACAUGGACUUUCGACCUCUGAUGAAAAUAGCAGAAGCUGACUCCAUCAACUUUGAAGACCCUGGCAUGGAAGAGCACAGGGACUUCGUGAACUACUGGGAGCAUGAUUAUUAAAUGUGUCCAGCAUUUUAAAUAAAUGAUUAACUUUA